UUCCACUCUUCAACACCCAAAUUUGAUAUGGGACGACUUUAUGUGCACGUGGCUAACGCUCUUCUUCUUUACUGCAGUAGCCUGCUAAAUGCUUUGUUUCCACAAUCCAUUCGAUCCCCAUCUAAGAUGCCGCAUAUUACUUCUCCUAGGAGCACUUCACGAACCCUCCUAAUUAGAUGGAUGUGUAUUCUCGAUGCCUGCAGGGUUUCGAAAAGUGAAUGUCUGCCUCACUUUGACAGCUGUAUGGUAGUAAACUGGAUCCGAACCUACCACCGCUACCACAUCCAAAGAGUCAAGUUUCCUCUUCUUGAAGGGCUUGCAAGACGCGGGUUAAAUCAUUCGAAACAAGAACAAGAUAUGUCUACGUCCACAAAGCCAUGACUGAAUCGAAAGCAUGAAUAUAAAAGGGCAUGUGUCUGUGUCUGCUUAUUAUGGGUACUCCAGCAUUCUGAUUCAUCUCACUGUGUCGAAAGUAGUGUUUGAUCACGAUGCUAAGCCCGAAACUGAACCAUAGAGUGGGCAAUUGAGACAAAUCGCGAGAUAACGCAAACCGUUAACUGUGUGUCUGCAACUCAGUGGGGCCCAUUCAUGGUUUGAUCCAAGGAAUUCUCAAGCCGCUGCUCUCGUGUGCCUUGACCUAAUCGCUAAAGAUGAAUUUGGUGAAAAGAUCCUUCGUGUUUCAAGACAUCUUGUUGUG